GAUCAGUGAAAUUGGUGGAAUCACACCAAAUCAAAAUUGGUAGGAAAAGCAAAAGACAGCACCAUAUUCUGGUCACGAUGCGAUAGAGUAAUCGACGACGACAAGAGCAUCGAUMAUGGAUGCCCCGAACGAAGAGCUAGAUUCGGCUUUCGCAAGCUCCGAAAAGAAACGAAAACACGAUGUAUGCGAGAGCGAGAACGGCAYUGCGAGAUCGUUGCGACCCUCUGUUUUCAUUGGCAGCACGGGCCACGAUCUUGCGAUCAAUGGAAGGAUACUGGAUCUCACGCCGAGAAAGGAUUUUGGUGUCGAAGAAUGCACCGCACUCGGGAAACUCCUGUCAGCAAACAACGACUCGACGGAGGAUCGCGAGUGCGAGCAAACCACAAUCGAGGAACUUCUCAUGGGUCGACUCGGGAUCGGUCCUGGGGGAGGCGCAGCUCUGGCUGAGUCUCUGGGAGCAAAUCAGRCCGUAACGUACCUCGAUCUAGAACGCAACGGGCUCGGAGCCAYCGGGGGAUGCGCGAUUUUCAGGGCAUUGGCAGCAAACCGCACACUCCGCAAACUCAACAUGAACCUGAAUGAUUUAAAGGCAGCUACAAGUGCCGGCAACCACGAGGCAACARACGCCCUGGGCGAUGCCCUGAGAACGAAUUCAACGCUUAAGGAGCUUCUUUUGGUGAGAAGUGGGCUCGGACCCAGGGGUGGAAACMAUCUCGCUCAGGGAUUAUCGAGCAACACGUCCCUCUUGAGCCUAGAUUUGGCCGGCAACGAUGUCAUGGCGGAUGGUGGUCAAGCUAUUGGGGAGGCACUGAAAACAAAUGCAACACUGAAAGAGCUGAACCUACGUUGGAACCGCAUCGGAUGCGGAGGUGACCGUGGAAUCGAGUCGCUGGCAGACUCGCUCCGGACAAACACGCACCUCCAAAGACUCGACAUGAGCGUGAACGAAUUGUAUUCCGAAGGUGCCAUUGCGUUCGGCAGAGCUCUCGCAAUAAAUCGYUCGUUGCUUCAUCUUAGCCUCGAACGAAACGAAAUCGGAUCGGUUGGGGCCACUGCCAUUGCAGCAGCUCUCAAGGUCAACAACACCAUCGAGAAGCUUGUUUUAUCUGGGAAUCCAAUGAUGGGGGAUAACGGUGUGGAGGCAAUCGGACUGGGUCUCGCCGAAAAUCAAGGAUCGGCUCUCAAGAUUCUUGAACUCGUGGACUGCGGAAUCGGUGGCGAGGGAGCASGCGGGCUUAGUGAGGCGCUCAAAAGCGUUGGGACAUCCCUUUYGGAUCUCCGUCUCGAGAGAAACAGAAUUGGUGYAACGGGCUGCCGAGCCAUCGCAGCCGGAUUGGAAGAAAACAGUUCACUCCGGCAUCUAAACCUCGCUAGGAAUGGACUCCAAAUGGGCGGUGGAAAUGCACUAGCGGCUGCGCUACAGAAAAACAACACACUCCAAUCRCUCGACGUUUCAAACAACGACAUCGAGAUAGAAAAUGUCGAUGCGGACRACGACAGGGUCCAUAUUGUAGAAUCUGUUGUUGGCCAUCCAUCACUGCAGCUCGUAAAUUUGUCAGACAAYGCCCUGGAAAUCAUACCGAUCGACUGCCAACUCAAAUUAGCCCGAAUCUACGAAUCAGAACGUGAGCUCGAUAUUGACUUGUCGGACAAUCCAUUAUCAUCACCUCCACUCGGUAGAAGAGCCAACAUAGAAGGCCUGAAAGAUUAUUUGAAGAUGCUUCUUUCUGAAUCGACAUCGGUGAAUCGCAUUCGUCUGAUGGUCCUCGGUUUUGGUGGUGUUGGUAAGUCGACGUUUUGCGAUGCCGUGACACAGAAAAACGAAGACCUUCCUUACUUUCACGGAUCCUUGAUCCCUCUCGAAGAGUGGGAUUUCAAAAUGAUUGCMUCGUGGGCGAGGCGACUCGGAACUCAAUGGGCUCAAUUCAUUGGCUCUGUACUCGAGACCAAUCAGAUUUCUGGCAAAGAUCUACCAAAAUUGAUCGGGAACACGAAAAGCGACGACGAGAYCGACAAAAUCGGGCACGAUCGUGAUGAGUGUUACCCAUCGGAAAAGCUCCAAGCUUUAGUGGACAGCUUUGAUACAUCGGGGUAURGAAUGGAUUCUUCCCACAUGAAAAGCUUUGCUCGUGCGAUCGAGUCAUUGAUGCGAAAAGGGUAUUUUUCGACGGUCGGAGCCGUGAAAAUGGAAAGCCUUUUGGAAUUGGAAAAACUCGGGGAAGAUAGCAAUUCCAACGACAGAGCCGGUCGGGCUUGUUCACUGGUUGACUUUGCGGGGCAGAUGGAAUACCUCGUGUCUCACCAGCUUCUACUCUCGAGUUUACACACUCUUUGUGUGGUUCUCCAACCUGCACCAUCCUUUGGGAAUCCCCAGAGCAGACACUCCGGGAGUUGGAUGUACUGGUCUCGMUUUCUGCGUGCACUUGGGGAUCGUCGACGGGGAUCGCUUCUGCUCGCCAUUUCACAGCAAGACAGGGUCAGUGGUUUCGAAGACGGCACCUUGUCCGACAUCGAUGCCGCGRUCGAGGACGAAUUGAGUGCCAUCCGCUCAAAGAUUCCAAACAUCACAGAGUGCCCCCCGCUGCGGCUGAAUUACCGUCCGGAACGCAUUCGACAGACCGUUCAAGAAGUCCGAGGCGCCCUGUCGAAUGCAGCAGACAUCGUUGCGAGAGAUUGGUGGGUUCCGGCGAGCUACGAACGGUUGGCGGAACUCGUUCGUCGCUUAGAGGACGAGAAGAAGGCCAAGCGGGAAGUACCCAUACUGUCACGGGAGGAGCUCCGCGGGGAGCUGCCAUCGGCUGGCUUGCAUCGAAUGCACGAGGAUCCACAACUCUUCAAGCGUGGCAUYGAGUACUUGGAGGCGGUCGGGGACGUCAUGGCAGACCAUCGCCUCGAUUGCUUGCUCCUCGAUCCGAUCAGCUGGUUUGCAUCGUUUUUGGCUCACUUCAUCCGAGACGAUGACAUUGUGACAUCCGUGCAGCUCGACUCUCGUUUCGUCAAGCGUGGGAUGGUGAGUCUGGAAGAURUUGUGAGAGCGCUCCGGCACGACUACGUGAAACCACGAGAACAAGUUGCGCAGGUCAUGUCACUUGUUUGCCGCCUCGAACUGUGCGUCCUACAAAAACACCAAAUCAACGACGAGUCCGAUGGUGGCGACGGUGCAUCGGAUGSGCAAGACAGACCCAGUGGUGKUCGUGUCUACAAAAAAGAUUCCAAUCGGUUUUAUCUGUUUCCGUGCCUGCUUCCRAUGGCAACCCGGAACGAGAUUGCCAGGAUCUGGCCCACCGCGGUGGACACCCAAGGCGACCGCCCACCCGGUGCGCCGCCGCCGUCCGUGGUCUACCGCGGGCACCGGUUCCGUUCCCGGUGCGGCUUCUUUCCGCCCGGCCUCUUUCCCGGGCUCCUGGCCCGGUGCAGGCUCCUGCGGACCGGGGUGGUCUCGCCUCGUCGCACCUGGAAGAACUGCGCCGUCCUGCUCUUCGGCAGGCACGCGCGGGUGGUGGUCCGGAUCGAUCUCCGCGGGGMCGAUCCGGUCCUGGACGUGGUGGGGGCCGCCCCCACCGCGGAGGACCUCUUCGUCGGCGCCGCCAAGGGCCAGGCCAGCGUGGUCGUCUGGGUGGCGCACCUCGUGCGGAUGUUCCUGCGGAGGUCCUAUCCGCAGCUGGCCCUCGACGAGUCCUUCCUGUGCCCGUCCGCGGAAUGCAACGCUCUGGCUUCCGCGGGCGGGGACGAUCCGUUCGAUCCGUGCCGGUCCUGCUACCGGGGGGCGGAGUUCCCCGCCGUGCCCCGAUCCGGGAAGCGGUAUCGGGGGGACCACGACUGCGAGGCGGACGGGUGCUGGAGCCAGCUGGGCGUCGGGCACACGAUCGAAGCCAUGGUGCCGCAAACCACACAAGAGGGGCUGUUCUGCAGCAAUUGUYGCCGGGAGGCGCGGUUUGCGCUCCGGUCCUAGGUCCAGACAUUUCGUUCGAUCCAAGAAAGGAGACGCAGUAAUUUAUUUUCCGAGCUACUAAGUAGAGUAUUGA